ACGAGAGGCGUCAAUCAAAAAUAUUUGCUAGUGUCGCGGUAGGUUGACCGCGAUGUGUUGAGGAGGACUCGUCCACAUUAUUGACGGUCCCGCUCGGUUGCGGAAGUGUCAGCCUCCUUCCCUGCCCUCGUCGCUUCUUAAUCGGACUGUCCUGUCCAGGAUGACUCUGUCGAGAGGAAUGCUGUUUACAUGAGCAUCUUGACUCUAUUUUGCCAAGCAUCAGAUAACUUUUACGUGUUCUCCCAUCGGAUCUUUUGAUUGGUCUUGGAUAUUUAAGGAGAUAAUAGGCUAUGCAGCCCCAAUAGCAGACAGGGAUCGGAUCACUCCUCCUGGUUCUCGACGAGCUUUUCUACCCGAUGAAGAUGGGACUGCCCGCCCUGGAGUUCAGCGACUGUUACCUGGAUAGUCCGCAGUUCCGGGAGAGACUCAAGUCCCACGAACUGGAGCUGGACAAGACCAACAAGUUCAUCAAGGAGCUCAUCAAGGACGGAAAGGCGCUGAUCCAGGCUCUGAAAAGUCUGUCCACGGCCAAACGGAAGUUCGCCGACUCGCUCAAUGAUUUUAAAUUCCAGUGCAUCGGUGACGCUGAGACGGACGAUGAGAUAUGCAUAGCUAAGUCUCUUCAGGAGUUUGCAACCGUUCUACAAAAUCUGGAGGAUGAGAGGACAAGGAUGAUUGAGAAUGCCAACGAUGUGCUCAUUAUGCCUCUGGAGAGGUUCAGGAAAGAGCAGAUCAGUGCAGCUAAGGAAGCCAAGAAGAAGUACGACAAAGAGACAGAGAAGUAUUGCGCCGUACUAGAGAAGCACCUGAGCCUUUCAGCGAAGAAGAAAGAGUCACACCUGCAUGAGGCAGACAACCAGGUGGAUAAUGUCAGGCAACAUUUCUAUGAAGUCUCUCUGGAAUAUGUCUUUAAAGUGCAGGAGGUCCAAGAGAGAAAGAUGUUUGACUUUGUGGAGCCGCUGCUGGCCUUCCUCCAGGGCCUCUUCACUUACUAUCACCACGGCUACGAGCUGGCCAAGGAUUUCAACCACUUCAAGACGGACCUCACCAUCAGCAUACAAAACACGAGGAAUCGUUUUGAGAGCACGAGGUCCGAGGUGGAGAGUCUAAUGGGGAAGAUGAAGGAGAAUCCUCAUGAACACAAGAGCGUUAGCCAACACACCAUGGAGGGGUACCUCUUUGUGCAGGAGAAGCGGUCAUUUGUGUCAAGCUGGGUGAAGUACUACUGCACGUACCAUCGGGAACCAAAACGGGUCACUAUGGUUCUCUUUGACCCCAAAUCGGGGGGUAAAAUGGGCGAAGAGGAGAGCUUCUUCCUGAAGUCCUGCACCAGGAGGAAGACAGACUCCAUUGAGAAAAGGUUCUGCUUUGAUGUGGAGGCCGUGGACAGGCCGGGAACGAUGACAAUGCAGGCUCUGUCAGAGGAAGACCGCAGGUUGUGGAUGGAGGCCAUGGAUGGGAGAGAGCCGGUGUACAAUCUCAACAGGGAUAACCAGACAGAAGGCAUGGCCAAGCUGGAUGUGAUUGGGUUCAACGUGAUGAAAAAAUUUAUAUAUGCAGUGGAGACUCGAGGUAUUGACGAGCAGGGCUUGUAUAGAAUCGUCGGCGUCAGCUCCCGAGUUCAGAAACUAUUGAGCCUCGCAAUGGAUCCAAAGACCUGUGCUGACGUGGAGUUGGAAAACUCAGAGUGGGAGAUUAAGACCAUCACCAGUGCUAUGAAGCACUAUCUCAGGGUGCUGCCUGGACCUCUCAUGACAUAUCAGUACCAGAGGAGUUUCAUCAAGGCUGCCAAGUUGGACAACCCGGAGGCCAGGGUGACAGAGAUCCAUGCUCUGGUGCACAGGCUGCCUGAGAAGAACAGGCAGAUGUUGGAACUGCUCACCAAACAUUUAUCCAACGUGGCCAAUCACCACCAGCACAACCUGAUGACUGUCGCCAAUCUGGGCGUGGUUUUUGGGCCAACUUUACUCCGCCCUCAGGAGGAGACAGUGGCAGCAAUAAUGGACAUCAAGUUCCAGAACAUCGUAGUGGAGAUACUCAUUGAGCACCAUGAGAGGAUAUUCAAGGACAUGUCGACGACUUUAACCAACGCGCAAGCCAACCUCUCCAGAAGAAAGAGCAGUGAGAGUAAACCUGUGUCCUGCAGUGAAAGGCCACUCACACUCUUCCAGACACCAACACAUUCCCUCAAAGGUGAGAAGAGGAACAGUGUCGUCGUCGCCUCGAUGGGAGAGCAGCAGGCGGCUGCCAACUGCAGCAGCAGCAGCAGCAGUGGUGGCAGCAGCAGCAGCAGCAGUAGCCAAGGUCGAACGCCCAGACGCCGCCUGAUCAGCAACGACGGAGAACACGACACCCGGCAGAUCCGGCCCAGCUCGCUGUUGAACCCCAAAAGCACCCCAAAAGCACCAGCCUGUGCACGAUCCUCUAGUCCGAACUCACUGCGCUCUCCGUCCUGGCCCAUGUUCUCGGCACCGUCCAGUCCUCAGCCGAUAUCCUCAGCCUCCAGCGACUCUUCUCCUAUUAGCAUGGCAGGCAGGCGAGCGCGAGCGUUGUACGCCUGUAAGGCCGAGCACGACUCUGAGCUGUCUUUCAUCGCUGGAACCAUCUUCGACAACGUUCACGUCUCCAGAGAGCCCGGCUGGCUGGAAGGAACGUUGGACGGGCGAAUAGGACUUAUACCUGAAAACUACGUGGAGUUUUUAUAGUGCAGGGACCACACUGGACUGGACUACGACCACAACUGGUCUGCAAAGGAGACGUGGACCAGUUUUCAGUGGAGUGUACACAUGAGUGGGACUUUGACACGCCAUCCUGGAGUUGCACUGGAAGGAACUAAACAAACUUACUGAUCCUCUUUGGGUCCAGCUCUUAUUGGAUUCAAUCGGGUGGCUUCCAAAGUCCUUGUGAAGAUGUAAUGAGCUGUGAGGGAGAGUGUGUGUGUGAGAGUGUGUGUGAGAGUGAGAGAGUGUGUGUGUGUGGGGGGGGGGGGGGGGUGUCGUACUGUCAUGUCAACUUGUGUUCCUGUCUUCAAUCUGCACUGACUUCCAACAUCUUCCCUCAGAAAGUAGACAAUAAUCCACAUUGGAGUUUUUGAACCCGGGUGAGGUCUGAGGCAGUGGGCGUCCCUCAGGGCUGAGCAGCGUCAGGUGACCUCGUCACCAAAGAUCAGCCAAAGGUCAGUCUUCUCUGACCGUCUUAUUUUUUAUUUUUUUUCCUCUUGAAAAAAUGUGAGCAAUUCCACACAAGCACGUGGAACAAUUGACAGUCAAGAUUGGAAGAGCUGCGUGGGGGGGGGGGGGGGGGGGGGGGCACUUCUUAAAUGUAUAUGAUGCCUUGUGGAAUACAUGGUUUUCAUCUUUUUAUCACAUUUUCUCCAAGCUUUUUUCCAUUGCACAACAGACCAGAUCAAAAUGUGCGCGGUAUGACAAACCAAUUUGCACACUGAAAUUUGUAUGAUUUAUUGAUGAAUAAAUAAAGAUCCCUAAAUACAGAA